AUGUCCAGUACAGGAUCUAGAAGUGAUGGCAAGAUCUGGGCAAGCGACGACCUGGAGGGUCUCCCUCCAACAGUGAAUAUUUACCCAUGGGAAGGCCCCGAUCAUUUCCAGAACAUCGUCGACUCAGAGCUCCAUCAAUUCAAAGAUCCCCAACGCUCAUCUCCCUGCGACUGGAUAGUCUUCUCUAACGUCUCUGAAACCAUUUUCGAGCGCGACUUCCAAGAAGAAACCGACCUGAGCAAGCAGUGGAAAUCAUAUAAUCGCUCCCGUCAACUCCUCUUCGUUGAAAUCGCCAGGGGCACCCCCGAGCAUACAGAGGCUACGCAGACUUUCAAUUAUAUCCUGAAGGAAGCGGUCGAUCGGAUGGGACUGUCGACUGUUUUGAGAAAUUUCUCAGACACCAUGAUUCAAGGAGAUGAUUGUGCCAAAGUACCGGAUAAUGGCUGGGGUCCGAGGCGUCCUCCGGCCGGCCGUUCUCGAAAAUGGCCGACUGUGGUGUUAGAGGUUGGAGUCUCCCAAGGGAAAUCGAAGCUGGAGGAGGACGCGCGUUUCUGGCUUGAGGAGUCGGAAGGCGAUGUCAAAAUCUCCCUAGCGAUAUCAGUGGAUCCACGAAUUCCGGAAAUUGUGCUGGAAAAGUGGAAGAUCAUCUGGCGACAGAAUGAAGACAUCUUGUUCGAUAAUGAGCCCCUCGUUAUUGAAUUUGAGGAUCUCUUCUUGCGAGAAGCGGACAACCCCCGGGAAAUCAACAUUGAGUUCGACCAGGGUAGUCUGCAGCGUCUUGCCGAGAACAUCUGGCUGGAGCAGGGGCUACUGGGGAUCUGGGCUUCUUCAGGUCCUGGGAAAGCCUAA